UUUGUCCUUUUCUCCCACCCCCGACACGACAACUCUCGCUUCUCUUUUCUCUCUCCCUCCCCCUUUGUCUUCACUCUACGCCCGUUGAUCCCUCUUCGGCAAUCGGCACAAUGGCAGGCAUCAGCCCCCAGAUCAUCAACCUCGCCAUCAUCCUUGGUAUGACCCAGGUCUCCAAGCGAAUCCCCUUCGAUGAUCCCAAUACCCUCAACCUCAUCCGCGCCCUCUACCUCGGUAGCAAUGUUAUCAUUGCUGCUCUCUACUUUUACGUCCAGCUUGUCGUCAACAAGAAGAAGGACCUGACCACCCUCAAGUAUGUCGAGCCCGCCCCUAUGGGCUCCACCGAGGAGGGCAAGCUCGUCACCACCACCAUCCACGCCUACGAUCAACAGCAGGUCCGCACCGCCUUCCGCAGCCAGUUGAUGGGAGUCGGCAUGAUGGCCUUCAUGCACAUCUACCUCAAGUACACCAACCCCCUCCUCAUCCAGAGCAUCAUCCCCCUGAAGAGCGCCUUUGAGAACAACAUUGUCAAGAUCCACGUCUGGGGCCAGCCCGCCUCCGGUGAUCUCAAGCGCCCCUUCAAGGCUGCCCAGGGCUUCAUGAGCGCCAUGCAGGGUGGCGCCGUCCAGAGCGACAAGAAGGCCGUCGAGGCUGCUGAGCGCUCUGGCCGUGGUGGUGCCAAGGAGGAGUAAAGUGGACAUGCCGAAUGAGGAAGGUACCUGCGGUUUUCGACGGUCCCUUUUGUGUGGCGAGUUGUAUGAGGGGCUCUUAUGUAGACCUUAAUUGUACUAUACACCAAUGACCCAAAGAGAUGAAUUCAUUGAUAGCUGAACCCAACCAUGACGGCAAAUUAUUUGCGCCAACCUAUGACGAGAUCAUAACACCAGCGCAACAGGACGAUGCUCAGUAUUCGGUCCGUGACUUUUAAUAGAACUCGCCCC